AUGGCGCCGACAGAACUUGAACGCAAGAAGCGGAAAGACGAGAAAAGAUUAUGUGUUCCACUUAGAAUAUCGGACAAGAUGAAAUGCCCAUUGGUGCGAAAAAUUUGUGCCCAUAUGAAAGCAAAGCUAAUUUUGAGAUCCUCUGCAACAGGUCCGACAACGACAUGCCUGCGCGUCAUCAAACUCGGCAGCUCAAGCGUGAAGUACGAAGUGGGCAUUUUCCGCCGUGGAGAUGAUGCGGUUAAAGCCGUCGGAGGAUUUACGCAUGUGUUUGUGGAGAAGGGAGGGAUAAGAUCAGUGGGCAGAGACGCAGGUGGGAAGAAGGGGAUGGAUGUGAGAAUUCGGAAGGGAUUGGAGAGGCUGGUGGUGAAAGGGGUAGAGAAUGAAGGGAUACCGAAGUUGUAG